AUGAUGGAAAAAGAAGAGGAAGUGUACGAUGUCAUUAUCGUCGGCGCUGGUCCUUGUGGCCUUUCUACGGCUUCACGACUCCGCGAGCAUACCCCAGCCGCUCUUUUCACAGACGAAGAACAUCGCCGUUACCAUUGGAUCGGGAAAUAUGGCAAUCACAUUACCCUCAAACAUGUAAGAAGCGGUAAGGUGUCUCAAGCCCGUCGCUCCACAACUUGCCGGCCUGAAUACAAGAUGCUCGUAUUGGACGCCACGGACAACAAGUGGCUCGGCCGUUGGAAUCGUCUCUUCAAAGCAUAUGACAUUUCGCAUCUACGCAGCCCAAUGCUUUGGCAUGUAGAUCCCCUCGAUCGCGAUGCUCUUCUAGCUCAUGCGUAUGCUCAUCAACGCGAGGAUGAGCUUGUUGAGAUCCGUAAUUGCGUAGGAAAAGAGGUCAGCAAGCACGCGAGCAAAAAGAAAGCCAAAAACCGAGCAUGCGGCGGAAAGCAGGAAGCGAGAAUCGAUAUUAACCUUAGAGAGCGAAACGACUAUUAUACGCCAUCACAGUCACUCUUUCGCGAUCACUGCCAGCAAGUGGCCGACCGAUAUAAUCUUGGAGAGAAGCUCAUUCGCAAGGAGACCCUGAAAGAUAUUGACUUUGGCGAGGUAAAAGGUCUUUCGGCAGAUGGUGUAAAGCUCUUCACCAUCACUACGGAUGCAGUUCGUCAAUAUUAUGCGAAAACGGUUGUCCUCGCAGUCGGGCCGGCCAAUCCUCCAAAGAUUCCAUUCCUCCCUUCGGCUUCUCCCUCACCCAGCAGUGGGCUUCCUCAGGCAUGCCACAGUAUGCUUAUCAAAGAAUUUCCGGAUCCGCUUGUUCAGUCACGCAUCGACGCAGGUAGAUCUACUAACAUUCUCAUUGUUGGUGGCGGCCUUACUUCUGCGCAGCUCGCGGUACUUGCUCUCCGAAAAGGAGUAACCAAAAUAUGGCACCUUAUGCGUGGUCCUCUGCGCGUCAAGCAUUUUGACGUCGACCUCUCAUGGAUGGGCAAAUACAAAAACGCCGAGCAUGCGCGGUUCUGGUCCGCUGACACGGAUCUUGAGCGCCUUGAAAUCAUCAAGGAGGCACGCGGCGGUGGCAGUCUUACGCCUCUUUUCUACAAGAAAGUGAAAAAAUGCAUCGCAUCUGGCAAUCUCGAGCUUCAUACUCAUACGACGCUUGUAGAUGCGGAGAUGAAAGAAGUGGAUGGCUCUCAAUUCUGGAGUAUCAAGACAGAGCCUCCCAUCGCAGGGCUGCCCUUAUUCGAUUACAUAUAUUUCGCUACUGGUAUCCAGACGGACUUUACCUGCUUACCGUAUCUCCAAACUAUGCUGCAAAAGUAUCCUAUCCACGGCCAUGGCGGGUUCCCAUGCAUUAACGAGGAUCUCAUGUGGAAAGACGGAGUACCCCUCUUUCUAGCUGGAAGACUGGGGGCUCUUCAACUUGGUCCUGCGGCACCAAACAUUGGAGGGGCAAAAAUUGCGGCAGAGAGGGUGGCGUGGGCAAUCGAAAAUAUGAUUACUCUAGACAAGGUGCAAGGGAGUGAUGAGCACGACAGUGGGUUGGCGGGCUAUCUCUCAGGCCAUGGAAAUAUGUACAGCAUUUUACAAGAUGAGAUGAACCAAUGA